AUGCCUGGCCGAAAGGGCAAGAAGGGGAAGAAUCCCAUAAGUGACACUUUCACUUCGAAACCCAAGCCCAAAUCAUCCAAAAUCGCAAUCCCCAUCUUCCAAUCACACAAAGCGCUGCUGCUGCGUGGUGUCGACAUGAAUCACACCUCCCUCUCCCUGCACGUUGGCACGAUCCCUGCCUCCCGCCAGUUUCCUGGAGACGCUGGCGGCUCUGAACUACGAGACCGCGAGGCUCGUCGCCGGUGCCGCCGCCGCUCCCGCUCCCGCCGCCCCAUGGGUUGCGCCGUGACGAGUCGCGUCAUCGAGGAUGCUAAUUUGAUCUGCUGGCAGGACCCCUCACUCCGAAGAAGGUCGCCCCGGGCAUUAGUACCCCCGUCAACCCCCCUGCCACCGGCCCUGACGAGGCUAAUGCCUCGGAAACGACUGGGGAUGGCGCUGCCAGGGACCCCCCUCUCUCCUUCCGGCGAGGCUGAUGCCUCAAAGACCUUCGAUCUCCCGCCCGCCACGGCCUGGACCCCUGAGGACGUCCCCCAGCUGGGAGAUAAGCAAAGUGGUUGA